AUAUGGACAACUGAUUGAGAAGUUGGAUCUCUAUAUAAGUAAACUAACGUAUGUUCAAGAAUACAUCCCAUCUUCUAUUUUGUUCUUUAACAAUAUGGCUAACUGUAUUGCCUUGUGCUUCUGGUUCCUUGCUACUAUAUUUUUACCAUUUUCCAUGUCUAAGUCAGAAACUUAUAUCAUCCAUAUGGAUUUGUCAGCCAUGCCAAAAGCUUUUUCUAGCCAUCGUAGUUGGUACUUGUCCACUCUUGCUUCUAUAUCAGAUAGCUCAAAAUUUGGUUCUGUUAGUAACAUAAAUUCCCUUGUAUAUGCUUACACUAAUGCCAUUCAUGGUUUUAGUGCAAGUCUUUCUCCUUCUGAGUUACAAGUUAUCAGGAAUUCUCCAGGCUAUCUUUCUUCAACUAAGGACAUGACAAUUAAAAUGGACACGACACAUACGUCUCAAUUCCUUGGCUUGAAUUCCAAUUCUGGUGCAUGGCCAAAGUCAGAUUAUGGCAGAGAUGUUGUAAUUGGUUUGGUUGACACAGGGGUUUGGCCAGAGAGUAAAAGUUAUAAUGAUAAUGGGAUGACUGAUGUUCCAUCAAGAUGGAAAGGUGAAUGUGAAAGUGGUACUCAAUUUAAUUCCUCUUUGUGCAACAAGAAACUCAUUGGUGCGCGUUACUUCAACAAAGGGUUAAUUGCUAGCAAUCCGAAUAUUACCAUCGCGAUGAAUUCAGCUCGUGACACAGAAGGGCAUGGAACUCACACGUCCUCCACAGCUGCAGGAAGUCGUGUAGAAUCUGCAUCUUAUUUUGGCUAUGCCCCUGGUGCUGCCACAGGCAUUGCACCAAAGGCUCAUGUGGCAAUGUACAAGGCUUUGUGGGAUGAAGGUACAAUGUUAUCUGAUAUUCUGGCUGCAAUUGAUCAGGCAAUUGAGGAUGGAGUGGAUGUAAUAUCGUUGUCAUUAGGCAUAGAUGGUCGUCCGCUAUAUGAUGAUCCGAUAGCUAUUGCUGCAUUUGCUGCAAUGGAGAAAGGUAUAUUUGUUUCCACUUCAGCUGGAAAUGAAGGGCCUGAUGAUGAGAGUUUGCAUAAUGGAACACCUUGGGUUCUCACUGUUGCUGCUGGCACAGUCGACCGUGAAUUUCUUGGGAGACUAACUCUAGGCAAUGGAAUUUCAGUCACUGGUUUAUCCCUCUACCCUGGGAAUUCAAGUUCAAGUGAUAGCUCCAUCGUUUUCCUCAAUACAUGCCUAGAGGAUAAGGAAUUAAAAAAAAAUGCAUACAAAAUCGCGGUCUGCUAUGACGCGAAUGGAUCAAUAAGUGAUCAAGUGUACAAUGUAAGAAAUUCAAACGUUUCGGGUGGUGUCUUCAUAACAAACACUACUGAAUUGGAAUUCUACCUCCAAAGUGAAUUCCCGGCUAUGUUUUUGAACUUUCAAGAUGGUGAUAAAGUUUUGGAGUACAUCAAGAAUAGUCCUUCACCUAAAGCAAGACUCGAAUUUCAAGUGACACAUCUUGGUGCUAAACCAGCACCAAAAGUUGCUGGCUAUAGCUCAAGGGGACCAUCACAAAGCUGUCCUUUUAUUCUCAAACCUGACCUGAUGGCUCCGGGCGCAUUGAUAUUAGCAUCAUGGCCUCAAACAUUACCAAUAGAUGAAAUUAACUCACAAAAACUUUACAGUAACUUCAACAUUAUAUCUGGUACGUCGAUGGCAUGCCCUCAUGCUGCUGGUGUAGCAGCACUUCUGAAAGAGGUACACCCCAAAUGGAGCCCUGCUGCCAUCCGCUCGGCCAUGAUGACCACAGCUGAUGCAUUGGACAACACACAAGGUCCCAUCCGAGACAUCGGUAGAAACAACAAUGCUGCUGAUCCUCUAGCCAUGGGAGCUGGCCAUAUCAAUCCAAAUAAGGCACUGGACCCCGGACUUAUCUACGACGUUACACCAGAAGACUACAUAAAUCUCCUCUGUGGUCUAGAUUUUACAUCCAAACAGAUAAAAGCCAUCACAAGAUCCUCCUCAUAUGCCUGUUCCAACCCUUCAUUGGACUUAAACUAUCCAUCUUUCAUUGGCUAUUUCAACUAUAACAGCAGCAAGUCGGAUCCGAAACGGAUACAAGAAUUCAACAGGACAGUGACUAAUCUUGGAGAUGGCAUGUCAACAUACACAGCAAAAUUGACCCCAAUGGGUGAAUAUAAAGUUAGUGUUGCACCUGACAAGUUGGUUUUCAAAGAGAAGUAUGAAAACCAAAGUUACAAGCUAAGCAUAGAAGGUCCAUUGCUAGUAGAUAAUUUUCUGGUUUAUGGUUCUUUAAGCUGGGUUGAAACUAGUGGUAAAUAUGUUGUAAAAAGUACUAUUGUUGCUACUACCAUAAGAGUAGAUCCUCUGUGAGAACAGAACUGAUUAAAACACUAUCUAAUGAAUAAUUGUGGAGUAAAA